GCCCGGGCCCGGCCCGGAACCGGAACCGGCCCGGCCCGGGUCCAUCCCUACACCCGGUUAGUUUUUUUUUUUUCUUUUCUUCCCCCCCCCCCCACCCCCCACCCCCCCAAACCCCCCAAACCGGUCCUAAACAUCAAGCCCAACUCAAUAAAGCCCAAAAAAAUGAAAAAAAAAAACAGUUUUUGGCCCGGACCCGGGCCCGACCCGGCCGGGCCGGUUCGCCAAAUACAAGGCCCGAGCCCGGACCCGCCCCCCCACCGGGCCUAGGCCCGACCCGGACCCGAGAACCGGGCCGGUUCCGGGCCCGCACAGUGGCGGGCCGGGCCGGGCGGCCCGAACCGGGUCCAUGACUAGGGAGACUACUUUUUACUUGAACCCUCCCCGAUAUAUAUAUAUAUAUAUAUAUAUAAACGCAAAAGUGUGGCCCCACUUUGAGCGGGAAUUGUUAGCGCUCAUUGUCUAGCAUAACUAAAACAAUUAAUGCCCAGACGACUAACACAAUCGCUUUUUUAGAAGAAUAGCAUCCCAAUGUCGCUGCAGGGGCUGUAAUUAAAUACUUCAAGGCUGUUCAUCUUCCGAUGCUUGAGCUUCUCGAGAAUCAAUAGUUCCAGCUGCAUGGCCUAUAUAAGUGUGAAAGUGUCACAGCUUACUUAGUGUCGUAAGGAAAAUCACGAACUAAACACCGACACUUGAUCUUCCCAAAACGGUAGUACGGUUCUUAAUUUGUGACUCAUUUUUGAGUCACCAAUUGUAGCUUAAUUAGGUCGGUGAAAGGUUUUGGUCAUUGAUGUUAUAGGUUGGGCCAUAGGGCAGCGAAGUGUUAAGGUGACAAAUAGCCAAGGGAGAGUGGAGGAAGACUUCAGCCACUGAUGGGUUGAUUAGGGCGGUGGAGGGUAUCGGUGGUUACCACUGAGGUUCAGGACGUCGAUCAGCGGCCAAUGGACGUUUCGGUCAUGGAUGUCGCUUGGGAGAGCUGAGCUAGCGAGGAAAGGUAAAAAGUUAUCUUCACCGUGGGAUGUCAUGGUUGUCAUCAGGGCGGCGGAGGCUAGCGCUAUGGUUUAUUUCUUUCAUCCGUUGCUUCAAUUUUAUUUUGGGAUAAAUGAACCUGGCUACAUGGAUUAUCUUGCGUUCAAAUGUAACUUUUUAUUUGCUUAUAUUCUACUUGGACAUUUAAUAUGUGGUUAAGUUUUAUAUGUGUGUGUGUGUAUAAUACAUGUAUAUAUACUUAUAUAUGUCAUAUAUACUUUGUACUAUGUAUAUAAGUAACUCAAAAAUGCAGAUUUGUAUCGUGUUUUUAAAUCAACACAGAGUUGUUUAUUUGUAAUAUGUUAACAACUUAACAUAUAUGGUCCAUUGUUUGCAUUUGUUUUGAGAUGAUAAUAGAUUUCUUCAUUGUCCUGAUAGUGGUCAUGAUUAUGACAUGGAUGAUGAGAAUCACUUGAUGUUAGUGAUGCAGCUUCUCGAGAUUGUACGGUGAAAGCUGCCUCACACAACAUGAACUCUUAGACCGUGAGAGAGAUGAGAGGGAAACGAUGUGGAAAUUAUAUAACAAGCCAGGGUGGAGAAUUGAGUAUGUCCAGUGAUGAACAAAUCCAAAGUCAGUUGCAGGGCUUUGGGAAGAUGAUGCCGCCUCGUCUUGGGGUGGGGGUCUUUGAGGCAGAUCAUACUUGCGCAACUGAUCGGAUUGGAACCGCAGGGGCCAUAGCCCUUCCACAAGGCAGCCUUCUCCUUCCUAACCAUACAACCUACUUGGUUGUGAAGAAAAAAACCUGCCAGUUCUUUGACCUCCAAAAAUGGCGCUUAUUUUUACACACACAUGUAUAUAAAAUCAACUGCCCUUUAUUUUAAUAAAUUUAUGUAUUUGAAAAUUAUUAUAUUUGUUUGUAUUUAGAAAUCUUUCAAAUAGUUACCUGGAGUGUAUAUUUCAUUGUAGAAAUGCCAACAAUUGCUGAGUACAAUAUUUGCC